CUUCGAUGUGAACUAGCAAACAUGUUUUGGAAGGUGAGGUGGAUGAACCAAUCAGAUCUGACGGAUGUGGUGGAAUGUAGGACAAGUGGUGAAUAUGUUAUGUGUGCUGCUACUGUUGAUUCAGUAAGUCAGAACUGCUAAGGAGGAGAAGCCGGACCAGUGAAGUACAUGAAGAUGAGGCUUUACUUUGUGAAUGUUCUCCUGCUCUGGCCUUUGUGUGCAGCAGAGAUUUCUCAGCCUGUUCCUUUCCAAACAGUGAAACUCGGAGACUCUGCUACAAUUGAAUGCCACAUAAAGAGUAACCUGAAAAAAAGAGUGUGGUACAAAUUCACCACAGGGAUGGGACUGCAGCUUGUGGCAGCAUUCAAUAAUUUCUAUAAUCGGAGUACAUUUCCUGAGGCAUCUCAGCGCCGUUAUUCAGUCAAAUUUGACGAAAUCAACAGCCAUCUGAGCAUUUCUGCAACAACAUGGGAAGACGUUGGAACAUACUUCUGUGGAGUCGUGCUGUUAAACGAGAUUCAAUUUGGAUCGGGAACCUUUUUGGCGCUGAAAGGUUCAAAUCCGAUCAGGGACUUUGGUGUCCAGCAGCCGGAGUCUGGACCCGUCCAACCAGGAGACUCUGUGACUCUCAGCUGUUCUGUUCACACUGGCCGCUGUGCAGCAGAACACAUCAGUGUUAUGUGGCUGAAAAGCUCUCAUCACUCUGCUCCACCAAUGAUCUACUACUCUGGAAAUAAGAGCUGCCAGAUGACCGAGAGUGGAGAGACUAGCUGUGUGUACGAGCUUCUCCUGAGGAACCUCAGCUCUGAUGAUUCUGGAACCUUCUACUGUGUCCUGACGUCAUGUGGACAGACGCUGUUUGGAAAUGGGACCAGGAUUAUUGUUCACAAAAGUGCUGGCACCAAACUAUCUGAACUGAGUCCAACUGUGAUUGCUUUGACGCUAUCAAACAUCAUUCUGGGGAUUGUGACACUCAUCCUUAUAUGGAAACUUUGCAAGAGUCAGAGGAAAGAUUCCACCGAGACAACGGAUGGCUUUUCUGAUGGCAAUCAGACUACUGAUACAGUAAUCUAUGCACCUGUGUGUUUGGCCCCUAGACGCUUCCCCACCAGACAAGCUAGAGGUGAAUACUGUGAAGACUCCGUAGUAUAUUCCAACCUCAGAUACUGUCAACAGAACCGACAGGUGGGAAGACAAAUCAGGGAGAAUGAAGACUGA